UCCUGGCUCUCAUCGCACGAUCCUUGUGUUGCCCUGGACAUGAGGGGAGGAGAGAAGGGGGUGGAGGUUUCAUGGGUGAAACAUGGCCGCUGCAGACCCAUCGAAGUCUCCGAACAGGGAGAAAACCCCCACGGAGGAGGUGGACACAUCUGGGGAGAAGGCCGAAGCGGCGGAGUCGGUGUGCAGCCUCGGGAGGGAGGAAGACGAAGCAGCGGGCAGCCCGGACGAUGAGCAGGGAGCGGAGGUUAGCGCCGCCGGAGGAGCAGACAAAACGACAUGCGCCUCACCAGAGGACCCGACAGCGGCUGGAAAAAUGGCCGAGGCCCCUGGCAACCGGCGGCGGGCGUUUGACUGGUCAGAGGCUGAGGAGGAGGAGGAGGACGGAACGGCGAAAGCGAACACGGAGGAAAAUAGAAGCGAAUCCUCUAAAASUACUACGACUGCUGAAGAGGUGAAGCAGGACAGGGAUGUUAAGGACGAUGCACGAAAGACAGACAGUGCAGAAAACUCCCACAAUGAGGAGAACAGAAGGGAGAAGUCGCCAGUUGUAAAUCUGGAGGGUGAAGCCAACUUUGCGGAGGAGAUGGGUGACGACGACGAGGCCGAGUCUACAGCUAAAGACAAAACGUGCCGUUGGGUGUGCAAGGAUUGUGGGACGAAGUUCAAACGUCGUGAGAUGUUCAACCUYCACCGCCACUUUCAUGCGCACGAAGAUGAGUUCACGCCCCUCACCUGUAAAGAAUGCGGCCUUACCUUUCAGCACCGAAGCAGCCUCAUUAAACACAGAAACGAACACAAAGAAAAGGAGGAGGCGCUGGUGGAGGAAGGUAAAUAUCAGUGUGCAGAAUGUCGAAGGGUUUUCGCUACAGUUCGUAAGCUGAGGGACCACAGCUGUGUCAGUACAGAAGAAAGGCCKUUCCGCUGCACCUUGUGCCGCCAAGAUUUCCAGUUUAAAGUGUCUGUCACAAAGCACAUGAUGACCCAUUCCCAAGAUUGUGUGUUUAAAUGUCAAGAGUGCAGUCAAACUUUCCCAAACAUCAAAGCCCUGAGCUUCCAUCAGAAAUCCCACUCUGCCCUUAAACCCUACGAAUGCCCCGAGUGUGGCAUGGUUUUCAAACACUACUCCGUCAUGGAAGACCAUCGCCGCAAACACGUAGGGAACAGGGGCUCUCACCUGUGCAACAUUUGUGGCAAGACUUUCAAAUACAGCAGCCUCCUCCAUCAGCAUCAGUACCUGCACACGGGUCAGAAACCCUUCCGCUGCCCUGAAUGUGGCAAAAAGUUUGCCUUCGCCCAGAACAUGAAGGCGCACUGCCGCCAACAUAGGUUGCGUGAAACCAACUCGAUCGGCGAGCCGCCCAGCAAACGGGCCCCCGCGCCCUUACAAGAUGCUGCGAAAGGACCUGGGAAAGAGAACUCGCACUCGAGUGAGGAACCAAAGCGUACGUUUAACUGCCCUUUGUGCCCCCAAACUUUCUGUCUAGCAGCAAACCUUAGAGCUCACAUGCUCAUCCACGARGCAGAGUUCGAUAGGCUGGAGAGGCCGCCUCGAUCUCCCAGAGAUCCCUGGGACAAAGGACACACGUGCCCCAACUGUCCAAGUGUUUUUCGGGAUGAAACUAGUAUGAAUAUGCAUCUGUUAAGCAUGCACAAGUCCGCCAGACAAUAUUUAGAAAGGAUGGCAACGCAGCCGAGUAAGAAUCUUCCUCCCUCGAGCGUUGAUAACGUGCAGGAGACGUGGAAUAGCGAAAGUCUUAAAUCGUACAAAUGCUCAGAGUGUGAAAAAUCGUUCCGCCACCGCUCCGUAUUAGAGCUGCACAUGCGCAUACAUUCCAAGGAAAAGCCCUACGUGUGCAAAGUGUGCGGCAAGUGUUUUCGAUUCGGUAGCUACCUGCAGCAGCAUCUCAUCAUCCACACGGGCACGAAGCCAUAUAAAUGUCCAGAUUGUGGCAAGGACUUUGCUUUCCUGCAGAACAUGAGAACACACCAAAAGCUGCACCAGGAGAAGCCGUUCCGCUGCACCAGCUGCCGCAAAGGCUACAGCGACGAAGCCCAGCUGCAGCAGCAUAUGUUGUCGCAUAACGGUGACAAACCGCAUAAGUGUGACCAGUGCGACAAGAGCUUCGGAUUAGCCUAUCUGCUCCGGGAUCACAUGAACACACACACCGGAGAGAGGCCUCAUCGCUGCGACGAGUGUAACAAAACCUUCUCCUGGUUCAGCAGCCUGCUGGUUCAUCAGAAGAUCCACGUUCGCAAGAAGCAGGCUCACAGCCAGUACAAUUCAUUCCCCGCGAGUGCUAGGAUGAGGGGCAGGGGAAGGAGAGGGGGUAGAUUUCUGUGGAGUUGGUCCAAACCCUUAGGAGGCUCAAAUCUGGGUACUCAGCAGCCUCUGUAUCCGCUUUCUCCACUGCGAGACGCAGAGUUGCACAGAAAAGCGCCACAACCACAACCUUCCGUGCUCCAGCCUCCUGUGGAUUUACAGAGCAGGCAGCAGAGUGAGUCGUGGCCGUCAGAGCCACACCCUCAGCCAGUGCAGUGGAAGGUCGACGGAGGCGAGGUGAUGCCGGUCCCGUCCACACAGCAGCAACACAGAGUUCCACAGCCGCCACAGACGCAGUUCGACAGCCCCGCACAGCUGCAGCAGAACCACCAGAGGAGCGCAGGCUGGGCUGAUAUCCCUGUGUUAACACAGUCAGGCCCGGUGUCGGCUCAGAGCUCAGGCGCACACAUGAAAGAGGCCAUGUCUUCUGUAGUCGGCUCUCUCUUACCAAAAAAAUCCAGCCCGUUGGCUGUGAGCGAGACGGUGCAGCACAGGCAGCAACAGCCUCCCACAUGGAGCAGCACGCCCACGUCCCUAGCGCUCGCUUCCACCAGCUCCGUGCAACACGAUUUCUCUGUCCCCUCGCCCUACAUGGAUGGGGCGGCCCUGUGGAGCGUCCGACCCGCUCUGCUAGCACAAAAUUCUCCAAAUAAACUUGGACAAGAACUGCAGCUGCCCCGGUGGCAGAGUGCCCCGGUGUCGUCUCAGAUGGAGCCGUCCACCCCUCCCAAGAAAGACGAGAGGAUGUGGGACAUGAGCGGUUCUCAAGGUAUUUCUUCGACUGUUACUCAGCCAGAGAAGCCGUGGAACGGCUGCGAGCCGCAAAAGCCAUGGGUUUCAGGCUUAGCGGUUGUAUCCACCUCAGCUCAGAUAGACCAAAGCAGUGCAAUGCCAAUUUCAACUCCAGUUUCCCAUGGGGUCACCAAYGCCUUGUGGGACAUCCAAACACCCCCAGGAAUUCCAAAGACCAUAAACUCCACAGAGAAGCUGGUGAAUACCCAAGAGUUUCAGCUGCAGCAAAAGCAGGUGUCCACCGGCUGGGGCAACAUGCAGCCAGCCACGCAGAAGGGUCCCAUCUCCAUCCAAUACGAGCCUCGUCGCUUCGGCCAGGGGAUGGGAACUCCAGUAUGGGGCUUCCAGAACAAUCCCGUGAAUCCUCAGACGCUGCUCUCUGCGCAGCUUAAAGCCGGCAGCGGGCAGGAGCUGCAGCAGCAACCGAUGGUAACGGGCACUCAGAUCAUCAUAAACCAACCUUCUCCCUUCUUCUCACCCCCGCUCGCUCCGCUCCCGCCGCCGCCUCUCGCUUUGCCCGGCCCUCACCCGCUCCACUCCGUCACAGUGGGCGCGCUUCAGAGACCCCCGCACCCGAACAUCUUUUACACGCCGCAGGCGGUCAUGAGCGAGAGGCCGCACAUACCACAGACCCUGACCCUACCUCAGCUCGCCCCGCAGACCGAACCCCACAAACUCGGCCCCCGCUUGCCUUUCGCCCCCGAACGGCUUCUCCAGUGCAUGAUAUGCGGGUGCUCGUUCCCUCGGGAGCUGGAUCUACAAAUGCAUUAUUUGCAACACGCGCAAGGAGAGAUAUGACAUUUCUACUGUAGUAACAAACUUUAGAUAUGUUUUUUUUAUAAUUGAUGCUCUGUAGAGCCUCAUUUAAUUGACUCUUUGUUGAAAAGCUAGACCUGGUAAGAAGGGGCUUUAGGAGAGAAACCUGACUGAGUUUGCAUAUUUGAUUUAAAAUGCAGUGUGUUUGAAAUAACAAGUGGUUUCACUGUCUUUACAUACAUUUCAGUUGUGUGGAAACAUUUAGCGGUGUGCAUAAAUGAGGUUCUACAGGCUAUAUUUCAUUUAUUGCCAAUAACAAUUAGGUUUAGAUAUUAUUAGUACUUUUAUAGUUCUGUUCAUACGUCUUGAACCAUUUGUACUGUGUUUCUUCAUGUUCAGUAUACUGUGUGCCUUUUUAUGAGUACAGUCUGCAUGUCUGCUGUCUUGGUAUUCUAGGCCCUAGUUUGUGCUUAAGGUAGAUUAAACAGUAUGACCUCACCCCAACAAAUGCAGAGCAGGUAUUUCAACAAUACUAUAAAAGCAUAAUGUUCUCCUCUUUUGGAAGGACCAAUGAGAUUGGUUCCAACAUAUGAGUUGAAGCUGCUCAAACACAAGUAUAAUGCUGCUUGUACUAACAGGUCCGUGGUCUGGSUCCAAACGUCUCUCCGGUAAAGUUGUCAUCGUGGUCAUUUGGUCAAAUCGUCUGCAAACGAAACAUAACGUGUAAAGUUUCUUUCAGUCUGAGAGUUUACUGUAAAUUUAAAAGUCUCAAAUUGAAAUCUAGGUUUGUGAGGAUUCGGCGCAACUACGUGGUUUACGAUGACACUGUUUUAAUAGUGAUCUUUUAAUAAACAAAACUUGGAUUUAUGUGAUGUUUUGUCUGUAAUAUUUGUUUCUUUUUUUUUACAUCACAAAGAUGUAAAAUGGGUCGCAUUACAUGAAUGUUUUACUCCAGUUGGUCCAGUCUACACCUCUUAACCAGAGUUACUAUUUCAGUUCAGGUUGUAUUGGGACAAUUCAAAUCACGUUCGAAUGCUUAAAUGUAUUUUUGUGAAUAAUUUCAUUCCAUAAUUGUAGAUUUAGCCAAGUGGAGAUUUUUCACGUCCUGUUAUAAAAAUGGGUGUUUGAGUAGUUUGACCGUCCAAAACCAACCAUUAAUUCACACAUUUCUUUUGUAAACAUUGAAGAUGAAAUCCYCUUGUUUGCACUCACCUUUUAAUAAAACCUUCCCUUCUACCUCUGCCCCACUGUUUUAGCAUGUAGUUUUUUUUUUUGCCCCAUUAUGUUUAUUGGAUCAAAUAAAACCCAUUUGAUUAUAA